AUGGCUAUGGCUGAGGGCAGUAGCAGUAGCACCAGCACCACUGCUAUCAACAGAGACGAAUCAUCAUCUUCGCCAAUAACCAAAAUAGCCCAAGAUCACAUUUUCUCGAUUUUGCUCCUCCUACCCAUUGAAUCGAUUGUUUGUUUUGCCAUGACUUGCAGGAAAUUGAAGUUUUUGGCAUAUUCUGAUUCUCUAUGGGAAUCUGUGUGCAGGAGAGAUUGGGGUAAUUCCGCAAUUGAUGCACUGAAAGCAUCAAGUUCUGUGCAGGGAAUUCAUUGGAAGAAGUUGUACCAGCAGGUUUACCAGUUGGACUCUGUUUGUUGCCAUAAACUAUUGGUUGAAACCCCAGAUGGUGAUGAGAUUUUUCCGGGCCCUAGAGCUUCUCAUUCCCUCAAUUUUGUGAAUGGAUGCCUUGUUCUGUUUGGUGGGGGAUGUGAAGGAGAUGAAUUAGAUGUAUCAAGGUCAUAUGCAUCCCCUGCAAGAUGGUGUCCUGAUGUGGCAAGCCCAUCAGCUGAGGAGCAUGUUUUUGAUUCUAUCUUUGAAGUGUCUCUCAUCUAG